AGUCACACACGCACACCACACUAACUUGUGCGCGACGCUGUCAGGUCCAGCGACGAGCAGCAUCCUACCCUCCCACAUUGCCAUAACAACCGAUUCGACUAUCAGCAUGGUUAGAUGAAAUAAUCCUCACAUUACACACUGGGGUGUUCAACGCAGGAAGUCAUUCAUUUGAUUAAACUGAAUUAUAUAUUUUGGACAAAGCAACCGCGGAAAGGAGGUGGCACAUAGACCUGAACGAUUUAGGCUUCGUCAAAUAUAUAAUCCAGACCAUCUGAACCCUGCAGGUGCAACCACCGACGGUGAACGGAGGUUUUCUGUCAAACAGAACCGUACAGACAAAGAAGCGCAUAAAACAGGAGAACUGAAUCUAGAGCUGUGCUGACAUCUAUACAGCGGAAAAACUACGAACGCCAGACGUUUUUUCUUCUUCUGUGGCUCGUUCUAUGCGCGUGGGUCUGCUCCUCUCGAGCAGGAAGUAUAACUCGAAGCGUGGGAAAGCUCCAUUAUCCCGGGGGGCUGCUGUGAGUCGAACUGGCAUCGUUUUCCCCGGUUAUCCCCGGUUCCACCAUGGCUCGGGAGAACGGAGAGUCGGGAAAAGGGACUUGGAAAAAGCAAGUCGACGACAUCAAGAAAAUAUUUGAACUGAAAGAGAUCCUCGGAACCGGGGCGUUCUCUGAAGUGGUCCUGGCCCAGGAGAGGUCUACAGGCAAGAUGUUUGCUGUGAAGUGCAUCCCCAAGAAGGCCCUAAAGGGGAAAGAAAGCAGCAUCGAGAAUGAGAUCGCCGUGCUCCGCAAAAUCAAGCAUGAGAACAUUGUGGCUCUGGAAGACAUCUAUGAGAGCUCCAACCAUCUCUAUUUGGUCAUGCAGCUAGUGUCAGGAGGUGAAUUAUUUGACCGUAUCGUGGAGAAAGGAUUCUACACGGAAAAAGACGCCAGCACGCUCAUCAGACAGGUUCUAGAUGCGGUCAACUACCUCCACAAGAUGGGCAUCGUCCACCGAGACCUGAAGCCAGAGAACCUGCUGUAUUUUAACCCUCAGGACGAGUCGAAGAUCAUGAUCAGUGACUUUGGUCUGUCCAAGAUGGAGGGCAGCGGAGAAGUCAUGUCAACUGCAUGCGGCACGCCGGGAUACGUGGCUCCAGAGGUUCUGGCCCAGAAGCCCUACAGUAAGGCUGUGGACUGCUGGUCCAUUGGAGUCAUUGCAUACAUCCUGUUGUGUGGCUAUCCUCCAUUCUAUGAUGAGAACGACUCCAAGCUUUUUGAGCAGAUCCUUAAAGCAGACUACGAGUUUGAUGCACCUUACUGGGACGACAUAUCUGAUUCAGCCAAAGACUUCAUCGCCAGUCUAAUGGAGAAGGACCCAGUGAAGCGCUAUACCUGUGACCAGGCCCUGAGACACCCGUGGAUUGCUGGGGACACGGCCCUCUGCAAGAACAUCCACGAGUCCGUGAGCAGACAGAUCAGAAAAAACUUUGCCAAGAGCAAGUGGAGGCAAGCCUUCAAUGCCACUGCGGUGGUUCGCCACAUGAGGAGGCUCCAGUUAGGCAGCAGUAUGGGCCACAGCAUGGACUCGCACCCCCACCCCCCUAACAGCCGCGCGGCACAGAUGCAGAACCAACAGAUGCAGAACCAACAGAUACAGGCCAACCAGAACCAGGCCAACCAGAUCCAGGCCAACCAGAUCCAGGCCAACCAGAGCCAGGUCAACCAGAGCCAGACCAACCAGAUCCAAACCAACCAGAUCCAGACCAACCAGAUCCAGGCCAACCAGAUCCAGACCAACCAGAUCCAGACGAGCCAGAUCCAGACGAGCCAGACUUCCAACCAGUCCAGUAACCAGAGCUCUGCUCAACCAUCACUGAGUCCAGGCCAGAUGCAGGCCCAGGUGCCGAGCCCCAACCCGGCCACUAUGAAGAGCUCUUCUAUUAAAUCACCCUGCAAGGACAGUGCUCCAACCCCUCCCACCCCCUGCAGCCUGGCAUCAGCCGCCACCUCAGUCCCCUCCGUGGGGGCCGAGCUGGCCCGGCCCCACCCCUCCACGGUCACCACAGUGCUGACAGAGACUAAGUGACGCCAGGUCCCGCGGGGGACCAGCUGGGAGGCCACGGCGCUGUAAGAGAACCCCCCCAGCCCGACCCCCGCCCUGCCCCUCCCCCACACCACAUCUGGGAGGACCAGGAGAGCAGAGGACCUAAACCCAUCCCAACAAUCAGAGCAUUACCCACCUAGGACACGCCCCUAUAGGCCGACUCAGCUCAGCUGGCCGCACGGAACCACCUCCACUCUGAGAGAAUGGCCGAUUGGUUUACCUUUGAGUGUUUGUUUCUGUUUGAUUCCACAAGGCCAACUCUGAUUGACAGUGGUCAGUGAAGGGGGUGUGUUUUCAGAGGGCUGUGGCCCUGAGAAACUGCCGUCAGGUUGGGUGUUGUCUAUGUCAGUCAUACCGACUUCUUCUAGUCCGGUCUUUCCUCUGAUCUACUAUACAAUCUUCUGUUUCUUUUCAGUAUGUCAUGCUCCGCUCUCUGGGUCAACACUUACCAACUGGAUUACUUUUCAUUUGGAUUCUCUCUGGUUUCUCUAAAUGUUCAUGUCGAUUUCUCUAUGUAUGCGCCAAUGUUUAAGAAGUGCUUUAAAAGUACCAUAUGACUGUUGAAUGAUGUUUCACGAGUAAGCGCUUUAUCUAUUUGCACAUGAGGUUUGGACGUGGUUCAAACGGUUUUAGACGUAGAUAAUGUGUGUACAGCUGCCGGGUUAGGCUCUCCAUUUACCUGUAUUUAUCAAACAGAGAUUGUAAACCGUUUUAAAAUACCCAAAAUGGGCUUCAGAGCAUUGUAUAACCUCUUUGUUAAGGGAAACAUGCAAUAUGUUUCAUUAUUUUCUUACUUUCUAAGACUUUUAUAACAAUGACCCCAUAAGGGAUUGGAGAGAGCUUGAUGAGGCUGUCUCUUUUUAGGGCUCUGACCAUCAGCUACCGUUACUUCAAGGUUUUCCAACUUACAGACCAGGUCCUACUGUCAAGUAUCUGUUCAUGAGGGUCUCAAGAGCCCAUCUAAAAAAGCAGCCGUCUCUGUAAGUUGGAGGAUCCUCGCCGUGAUGGUCGGAGAUGUUGCCUCUAACCACCCUCCUGUCCCCAUUUUUCCUUUUACAAAGCCAUGACCUCACUACAUGAGACAUUGUCACAAUGAUGUCAUCAAGCCGGCGCCCGGUGCACAAGUUCUCAGGGAAUUGGACUGGGCGCCGUGGUGACCCAUGUUGCUGUACUUACUAGAUUUGUCUACACAGUGUUCUGCCUGUUGGAUGCCUCUAACUAUCCCUUUACGCCAUUGUAAUGUGUAGCCAAAGCAGUGUUGAAACAGAAUAUGUGGACCCACUGAUAAUACCUAAUCAAUCACUGAUGGUCAGCUAGGAGAAUUGUAACCCUAGCAUAUCCCCACUGAGAACUGGAUUGUUUUGAAACUAAGGGCUGAACUCUGAUAAUCUGGAGAAAGAUAACAAAAGACAAUGUUUGUUCUUUCUUUCCUCUCUGUGCCCCCCCCCCCCCCACCCACCCACCCACCACCCAGAUCGUUUAGUCUGGUUCACUGGAUAGCCUGCUGUAGAAGAUUCCCAACACUGGGUCUGUUAACACUAACCAGAUUAUGGCCAGAUCCAGCUUGCAUACAGAGGUCAUAUGUCUGUGUUAUUAGCUGACUUGGUGGUGCUGGGUCGAUCAUCAUGGAUUGGGAUGUCACCGGCUGUGGGUAGAGUUUACUUUAGGGCUCGAUUAUGUUAUUUGUUUAUUCCUUUUGACAUUGAGGCGAGCAUUUAUUGUUUUCUGGUAUGAAUGAGUAUAGUUGUGGAAAAGUUCUUGUAAAUAUAUUGUGAAUAUGAUCAUUUUAAGAUAAACUUUGCAAAUGCGGUGCCAUGCGGGAGUGUGUGUGUGGCGGGUGGUGGGGGGGUUGAUUGUAUCUCUUUAGAAUGUUUAACCUGUGUGUCUAUAUGAGCUACAACCACCCACACCCUCCACUCCACAAGGCGCUAGUCUUUGAUACAACAUACAGAGCAUACUGGACAACCAGAGAUGGAAAUUAAGCUAGCGCACUAGCCUGAGGCUAGCACUUUACAGACCGGUUAGGGUUAAGUAGAGCAUUUACCCUAAUGUAUCGGCUAGCGAUCAUUGUCUUUUCAGAUGUCGCAUGGCAUAGCUUAUGGACCCAGACUAGUAAAAACAUCCUUAAAUUCCAUCCCUGUGUACAACAGUGACCAUCUACAGACUUACCAUGGAGAUAACGCCAUCAGAAGUCUUAAAAAUAUCUGACAAAAGAACAUUUUUAUUUAUCCCGCAAAAAAAGAAACCAACUCAGGCUUUUGUUUGCCAUGUGUAAACGUCCAAGCUGUGACCGAUACGACAUUUACCUGUAAUGGAACUGUGCAGUUUUUACACAUCCGCCUCAGUCAUCCAUCGUCCACUUUACCACACCACUCACAGACACAACAGCGACAGACCCCACCACGCAACUGUGCGCGUGCCUGUGGGCAACCGAAACGCGUCAUACACUUUUGCAAAGAUAACAUGCAAGCAUGUUGAAAAGUGCUUAAAGAACUCCCAACUCCGCCAGUGUUUGCAUUAAACGUAUAUGCCCUUGUAUGAUGUAUUUGUGUCUGUAUCUAAAGAAGAAACGAAGAAGGCCCACGGACGGCAGGGUGUCAACAACACUGCGUCUCCUUGCGAGGUCCGGGACAUGGGCCGUAUUUACUCUCUGCAUGUGACCAAGGCAAACGCCCAUCUUGUGUGGCGCUGUCUCGCUGACGACCGGAGGACGUUACCCUUUACCACAGUAAAAUCUGUGUACCCUAACUCAAUAUGAGCCUGGCCCAUUAGUGGGAGGGGGACAUUUUUAACCCUGCGCCAGUGGUAAGGGGCGACUUUCUCCCUGUGUCAUUAAGCGUGCGCCUCCUUCCAUUCUGUGUGGCGGAGUGAAUGUGUCGUCACUCUUCCUGUGCUGUGAUGACCUGUUCUGGGGCUUGUAUAUCUGAUGGCUUCGACAAUCAUGUGCACAUAUCCGAGUUAACGUGACGAUGACAGAGGCCAGAAUGACUGAUUUGUGUUUUUUUUCCCGCCUUAAAUAAAUCCUGAACGAUCAUGAA